UUUGUCGAUUGCUUUAUUUUCAAAGACUGUGGCUGUGGAUGCUGAAUUGUAAAAUUAAUUGCUUAGUAGUAAUAAAUAUUAAAAAUGCCUGACCAUUUAGGGAAUGAUAUGCGCAAAGUGAAAGAUGAUAAAGAAGAGCCGGAAAAAGAAAUAAAAUCUCUCGACGAGGGUGAUAUUGCGCUUUUGAAGUCAUACGGCCAAGGACAGUACACAAAAAUCAUCAAGGAAGUAGAAGAAGGAAUUCAGACAGUAAUGAAGAGGGUUAACGAACUGACAGGCAUUAAAGAGUCAGACACAGGGUUGGCUCCUCCAGCCUUGUGGGAUCUAGCAGCUGAUAAACAGACACUACAGAAUGAACAACCUCUACAGGUAGCACGGUGUACGAAAAUCAUUAAUGCAGAUUCGAAUGAUCCAAAAUAUAUAAUUAACGUGAAGCAGUUUGCAAAGUUUGUGGUCGAUUUACAAGACUCCGUCGCACCCACUGAUAUCGAAGAAGGCAUGAGGGUUGGUGUGGAUCGUAAUAAAUACCAGAUCCACAUACCGCUCCCUCCGAAAAUAGAUCCAACUGUCACCAUGAUGCAGGUUGAGGAGAAACCUGAUGUAACAUACAGUGACGUGGGUGGAUGUAAAGAGCAGAUAGAAAAACUAAGAGAAGUUGUUGAGACACCACUGUUGCAUCCGGAGAAAUUCGUGAAGCUGGGUAUCGAGCCCCCGAAGGGAGUGUUGCUUUUCGGCCCCCCCGGGACCGGGAAGACGCUGUGUGCUCGCGCCGUCGCCAACCGGACGGACGCCUGCUUCAUUCGGGUUAUUGGUUCUGAAUUAGUGCAGAAAUAUGUCGGCGAAGGGGCCCGGAUGGUGCGAGAACUGUUCGAAAUGGCUCGUAGCAAGAAGGCCUGUCUUAUAUUCUUCGAUGAAAUCGACGCUAUAGGUGGCGCCAGGUUCGACGAUGGUGCUGGCGGCGAUAAUGAAGUUCAGAGAACGAUGUUGGAGCUGAUCAACCAGUUGGACGGCUUCGAUCCUCGUGGCAAUAUUAAGGUGCUGAUGGCCACGAACCGUCCCGACACGCUGGACCCGGCGCUGAUGCGGCCGGGGCGGCUGGACCGCAAGGUGGAGUUCGGGCUGCCGGACCUGGAGGGGCGCGCCCACAUCUUCCGCAUCCACGCGCGCUCCAUGAGCGUCGAGCGAGACAUCCGGUUCGACCUGCUCGCCAGGCUCUGUCCCAACUCCACCGGCGCCGAGAUCAGGUCUGUUUGUACGGAGGCGGGCAUGUUCGCGAUCCGCGCCCGCCGCAAGGUUGCCACCGAGAAGGACUUCCUCGAAGCCGUCAACAAAGUCAUCAAAUCGUACGCCAAGUUCUCAGCGACACCCAGAUACAUGACCUACAACUAAUCGUGCACUAAAAACAUACAGAGCUUUUGUGUGAGCGAACAGUGAAUAGGUAAUUCGGGCAUUCAUACAAAAUAAGAUAUGUUUUUUUCGAUUUUGCGCUAGUUUUAAAAGCACUGAAAAAAUAUUAAUGUUGUAAAAUUUUAAAUGGCAAAAAUCCACUGAAGAAAAUCCAAUAAUUCCAUCAUACUAGCCUCAUUCGUUUCUUAGCCUCAUAUGACGUCAUAUGUCAAGAGGCUGCGAUCGCUCGCGCUUACGAAAGUGCAUAUCGUCGUUGUCAAGCUAAAAUCUGCUACGUGCCCUUUUUGAGGUUUUUUUUUUUAACUUUUUCGUAUAGUUCACAGCCCUAUCUACCGUAUAAAAAAAACUGUUGUGUCUAUAGUUUUAAUAU